AUGACCGCGGACGUUGGCUCGUGCCUACCAGGCAAGGAGCCAAGUGCCUCAAGAGACUCGACUCGUCGAGCACGAAAGCGGGAAACAGACCGGCGUGCGCAACGGGGACAUCGUCAGCGGCAAAAGGCCUAUGUGCGCCAACUCGAGGAGAUUGUCAGAGACCUGAACACCCAGAACAGUCGCGACGACCGACUUCUCGCACUGCAGACCGAAAAGGCGCGGCUCCAAGAACGUUGCAAUGCAUUGACUGCCAAGCUCGAAAGAGUUCGCAUGGCAGUUUGCGUGGAUGAUAUUCCAUCAUCAGAACCCACAAAAUUAACCACGCCUUCACCGAUAGAUCUUGUCUGCGAAGGAGUCAACGAUAAUCACACGGAUGUCCACGAUGCGUUUGGCCUGCUAGGAGAUUCUGAGCCGUCAACCCAGGAGGGAGGCUCCCUUGCGUCAUUUCCCGACGAGAGAGGCCAGCGUCUCGACUCCGCAGGAUCAAAACUUUUUCCCUUCCCAACAGGAGAUGCCGGGCAUCCUGACGAAGACCACUGGAUCUCCACAUUGUUCAACCUUGGAGAGGCCCCAAAGCCGGACACUCUAUCUGACAUAAACAACACCAUGCCUGUGUCGAAUAUAGGCAUGGGUACUGAAGGUAAUCCGUUGAAUCGACUGCGCUUGGUAACUUCAGAUAUGCCGGCCGCGUUUUCGGGCGAUGGCGACUUCGGUGCGUCCAAUGAGGCUCCAUUUCCUUUGGUCGAUUCUAGGGAACAUGUCGACUACGGCCGCUUCCACCUAGAACAGCACGAUAUGUCGGAUAUCGUCACCAUACACGACGAAGAGCAAUCAAAUCUCACAUUAACCAAGUCUCCCGGCGAAGCCAUCCCAAGAUCCAUGUCCCUAUCGAAAACUCCCAGAGCCUCCUGUUUCCCACGAUAUGGACCUCCUGCCUGUCAUUCGGAUAAGGUAUUCCUCACUUUCAUCGAGGAAGCCGGAAAAGAACAUCAAGCAUGCCGAUUUGACAUGAGUCGUCCAACCCUGCGAAGGCUGCUGGCGAAUUUGCCGGUUGAUUGUCUUUCUUUCCGCCUGUUUCACUAUGUGUCCGAGAUACCUGCACCGCUGCAGAACUUGUUAGCCGUUUUCUGGGUGCAAUACCUAUUUCUGCGGUGGCAUGUCCUGCAAACCUCGGAGGCUUACGAAGAUGUCCCCAGCUUUCUACGCCCAACUCCACUAGAAUGCAUAGUGCCUCAUCAGUCAUUCAUUGGAAUGUUGGUCUGGCCCAAACUUCGAGAAGCACUGAUUCGGGAUUCCACAAAGGUCGACAUCGAAGCUAUUGGUCUGAGUCUGAUGCAAAAUCUCGACCCCAAUUUUUCUCGGAAUGCUGCGGAAGACACCAGCAUGCCGCCAGGGAGUAUGGAUGUGAUCGAGAUGAUCGAGCGGCAGGCAAAGUCUCUGAAGUUUUGGAAGGUGAAGGCCAGUUUCUUUGAUGAAUAUCCACAGUACGCAGGAUGCUUUUGA